GGUAGUCACACUACCCUUCUGUCUCUUUCUAAUGGCGUCAACUCGCUCUCUCAUCCUCUUCAUUUUCUCCAUCGUCUCUAUCUCUGCCGCUUACGCCACCCACCAUGCCGCAGCUCCGGCGCCCUCCUUCGACUGUUCCAUUUUGGUGAUGAAAAUGGCCGAGUGCUUGACUUAUGUGUCAAACGGCAGUACCACAACCAAACCAGAGGGCAGUUGUUGCUCUGGAUUGAAAACAGUGUUGAAUACUGAUGCAGAGUGUCUCUGCGAGGCUUUCAAGAGCAGUGCUCAGUUUGGUGUUGUUUUGAAUGUCACCAAAGCUAUUGCUUUACCUACUGCAUGCAAACUACAAGCCUCUUCUGUCCCUAAUUGUGGAUUGUCUUUGGCUCCUAUUUGUUCUCCUGGUGCAUCUCCAUCUUCUUCUGCUUCACCUAGUCCUACUACAGCUUCUGGAUCGAACGUUCAAGCACCAGCACCGUCUCCAGGGGCUUCAAAUUCUCAUGGGUUAUCUAUGUCAGUAGGAUCUCUAGCCAUUGGCUUUGUCAUUGCAGUGUUCUCUUGUUUCUGAGAUGUGAUUUUGGUAACAUUUUGAAUCUGAAUGGAGAAGUUAUAAUAUGAUAUGAGGAACUAUUUAAUGUUUAGCUUGAACUUGGCAUUUUGAGUGUUUGCAGUAGUCCUCUUACUGAAAAUGUGACUGAAGAAUAUAUAUAUAUUUUCAUCUUGUGGUUCA